AUGACUGUUUUCCAAAGGAAUAUCCCCAUGCCUUCACACAUCGGUCCAAACAUCUCGGUGAGUUUGCCUAAAAGUGAUUUUGGAAAACGGUCGAUCUCCUAUCUGUCACAUGAAAUUAGUGCGGAAGGUAUCCGAGCGAUCCCAAAAGUUGCGAAGGGUGGUAUGGAUCUAUCGUUCCCCAAAUCUCACAAAGGUGUGCUAUCGUUUCUUGGAAGUCUGAACUACUACCAUAAGUUCAUUGAAGACUUUCCGGUAGUGGCAGCAGUCCUCUAUGAACGUUCGGAAGACCAGAUACGUCAGGAACGAGACCUCUCGCGAGCCCAUGAGUCAUUCGAACUGCUUAAAAGGAAAAUUGUCGCGACGCCACUGUUGAGACAUCCGGACAUCCAAAAGUCGUUUGUGAUCAUUCCACACGCGAAUCGUUGGGCUGCUUGUGCAGUCGUAGGACAAGAAUACGACGGAAAGAUACACCCUGUUCGGUACACGGGACGCGUUCUGAACGAUGCUGAGCUCCGGUAUCACAUUGUCGAGAAGGGAGUGAUUGCUAUCCUGAGGACGUUACAAGUCUUUCGGACUAUUCUGGAAGGCCGACGACUGAUCAUCUACACAAGAUAUUCUGUUCUGAAAUGGGUGUUACAGUCUAAGUCGGCAGACUGCGUUCCUUGGGGAGUCACGCGCUCACAUUGGGAUAUCGAAACUCGAAAAGUCCAAAAGGAUGAAGACGGACUUGCAGCCAUCAUGGGUGCAGGGAUCACACCGCGAGAAGAUUUGGAUGAGGCACUGAUCCCUCUAAAGGUGCACGAGUCGUUCCGAGUUUCGACGAUGCCGCAAAACUCUCCACCAAGAAGGGGAGCUGUGCCUGUGUGUUAUGGCAGUUACCCGGUUGGAAAGUUC